AGUAUCUACGAAGAUCCAACGCAUUUACAGACAUGAAGUGAAGCACAGCUGUACUUUCUGUACCAGUCACUCCUCCUCCAUCAGUAGGACGCUGCUCCACCCUCUCCAGCGCGUUCAUCUCUCCGUCCGUUACUGUCCCACGAGUGGAGAGGAUUUCAGCACCGGGACAGAUCCACCACCGUCUCAGGCAACAUGGCGACUGAGUUUCACAACCUUCAGGAGCUGCGUCACAGUGCAUCUCUGGCCACCAAGGUCUUCAUUCAGAGAGACUACAGUGACGGCACAAUCUGCAAAUUCCAGACCAAGUUCCCUGCAGAGCUGGACAGCAGGAUCGAGAGGAGCCUGUUCGAAGAAACGGUGAAGACGCUGAACUGCUGUUAUGCAGAGGCUGAAAAGAUUGGGGGUCAGUCCUACCUGGAAGGCUGCCUGGCUUGUGCUACGGCCUACAUCGUCUUCCUGUGCAUGGAGACACGCUAUGAAAAGAUCCUGAAAAAGAUCAGCAUGUAUAUUCAGGAGCAGAAUGAGAAGAUCUAUGCACCCAGAGGUUUGCUCCUCACAGACCCCAUCGAGAGAGGCAUGAGAGUGAUUGAAAUCUCCAUCUUUGAAGACAGUGGCUCCACCAGCUCCAGCUCCACUGGUUCUCCGUCCAGUGGCACGGCUCAAUGACUGGAGGAGCAGCACCAGGGGUAUGGGUACAGGGGGGCCAGUACGCUCCCCAAAAUCCGCAUGUUGAAACAUGAGAGCACCAGAUUUUAAAGAAAGAGAGUGAGAGAGAGAGGAAGUACAGAUACUGCUCACUCACUCACUUCUUCCAAACAACAAGUGCAAAGCCAGGAGCUUUGAUUCACAAACACACCUCCCUUUCUCCAUCUCUUUUGAUUUUGAGCCUCCUCUGCAUUCCAUUAGUGACAGACACAUUUUGAUCAGACGCCCUCAAUACUGAAAUAAAGAGGCCUAGCAGACAGGUACAAUGGAUAGAGUGCUUCCAACAGAUUUCUAACGGUGUGUUAGCUCUGGAAAAUCCAGAUUAAGAUGGUUUUGAAACAUAUUACUUUAAUAUUUUUUGUUAAAGGUGCAGUAUGCAAUAUUGACAGCCAUUAGCUACUGCAAAUGGGUUGACAUGGGUUCAAAAUCAAAAUACUGGAGGGAGUUGUUUUUCCUGUCCCUCCUUCUUAGACUUUACGCUCACAAGGUUUGCCAGAUUGAGGGCACACAAUAUGAACGAUCGCAACUAACAACGAAAAGUGAUGAGCCUGACACUGUAAAGCCCCUGUCACACUGCACACUGGACCUGGAAAAUUGCCGAAACAUUGCCGGGUCGCCUUCUUUGUGAAAGCAAACAUGUCCCAGGAUUGAUUCCGGGAUUGAUCCCGGGUUGAGGACCUAGUAACAUUGCCGGGAUCAGUCCCGGAACGAGCACUGUGUGAACAAAAGCCAGAACUAAUGCCGUAAAUGGUGUGUCAUAGUGAUGACAUACAUUAUCGUGCAACUUUUUUACCGGGUGUUUGGAAGGCAGAUCAAGGUUUGCAACAAAGAAAAAAUAUGUGCAAACUUAAAUGAAGAAGAGAUCAGGUAUUUCCUCACUAUCCUGGCUGAAGCUGAGAUCGUUCGCCAGCUUAAGUGAAAAUUAACGUGCCUAUCGCUUUCGACUCGUAUAUUACACGUCACAUCCUGUUGUCACGUGUCUUUACGAAACCUUUACAGGUUGUGUGUGAACGCACGCACAUAUUCCGGGUAAUCACUGGUAGUGUGAAAGGAGCAAAUUCUAGCGACCAAUUGCCGGAACACAUUCUACAUCUGGUCAUAGAGCUUUGAAGAUGGAUGCUGCGGGUUUUUAGGUAGGAUUGAUGUGAAUGCAAUCCAUGACCCAGAUCUUUUGCAAUAUGCUGUUUUUAACCAACUGGCAACCCGAGGUCACAAAAUCCCCCCCAAAAAAAUUAAUCACAAAACCAAAAAAAAAAAAAAAAAAAAUUCUUAAACAGAAUGCACAUUUGACAAGUUUAACUGGCUCGUAGCAUUGUUUUUUAGAGAAAAAAGUAUCUGCAAAUAUAUAUAUAUUAUUAUUAUUAUUAUUAUUAGAGUCAAACAAAUUAUACAGCACCUUAAAUAUUUUUAAUAAAAAAUGUAUAUAUCCUUCUUUGCUGGAUUUUAGUUAAAGUUUUAAUAGUUUGGUUGUGUUUUGUUCUUUUCAAAUAUAUCUCUAUUUUUAUAUUUCUAUUUUUUUAUUUUUACAGGACAGUUAAUUUUUUGUUUAAUUUUUCUUUAAUACAUCAAAUUAAACUUAAUGAAAUGAGAAAUGUUGCCUUGGAAACAGGCUGAAAUAAAAUGUUAUAUAUAUAUAUAUAUAUAUAUAUAUAUAUAUUCCACUUAACAUUUAUUUUAUUUCAAGUAAUUUACCACUUUAUUAACAGAUUACGCUUUAUACAAAACAGAUAGUUUUAAAGCAGCUUCAUAGUAAUGAACAGGAAAAUAAUUGAAUCAAUGCAAACUUCAAAUUUAAGAUAAAUUCUAAUUCUGCCAGGGUUGAUUCAGAUCUAUACAAUAACUGUAAGGUCUGUUAAUUAUGAAAGCAACUCAGUUCAGUUACUGUAUAAGCAGCUCCACAGAAGUCAGUAGUGUCAUUGUUGAGCUCAAGUCAGUUUAAUGUUGUUUUAGUUCAAUAAAUAUGUUGAUGAUUCAGAAUUUUUCAUUUUUGAGACAUUUGAUUAAAAAGAUGGCAAUUAGCUGGUUUACCAGCUAUCACAUUCCAAAAAACACCUUAAGAUGAAUGACCAGUUUAUAGCUGUUUGUUGCCGGUCUAAGAUGGUUCCAAAACACAGCAACCAGCUUAAGCUGGAGUUUCCAGCAGGGCUUUGGUGCUUAUUUAGUUUGGACAGGGACUGAGCUCUCACUAUUCAUCCCCAUGAUGUUCCGCAGGGGCCAAAUUCAGCAGGGCCUCAGUUCACUGGCAGGCUUGACCCUUUGCAGCGCUCUAGGCUCAUGUUCCUUCUGUUAGUUCCACCACAUACCUGUGCCUCAGAGGUUCAGUGUUCGGUGUCAUGGACAAUAAACUCAGACCAGGAAAGGAUCUUGUCUUCUCGUGGAGGAUAAUCGCAAAUGGCAUUUAUUUAUUUAUUUAUUACGUAAUUAUUUUUUACCCAAUAAACUCUACCUCUGGUUUGUGCUUGUGCAUAGAGUCAAUGGAGCCAGUGUAGACAGGAGCAGGUCCAACAUGUAAAUGUACCUUUGAUAAAGUUUAUUUAGACUGAUGUGGUUCAGAGAAGAUUGACUCACCAGCUGUUCGGAAUGAGCUGCGAGAUUUUUCAUUGCUCUUGUUGGUUACAUGUUAAGCGUUUUUGCUAGACUCUCAGACAUAAUUCAUGCAAUAAUGCAUACUUAUUAUUUUCUUAAAAUAAAUAAUGACCCUUUUCAUAGUCUGCUAUCACUCACUUCUAAUUUGCUAUAUUUUAAAAUGUAAUUUAUUCCUGUGUAGGUAAAGCAGAAUUUUUAGCAGUCAUUACUUCAGUAAUAUCUUCAGUGUCACAAGUCUUUCACUUUUGAUCAAUUUAAUACAUACUGUAGUUGCUGUAAAACAUACAUUUCUUUCUCAAUCAAUCAAUAAACAAUAUCUUACUGACCCCAAACUGUACAGUAUGAGAGGCCAAAAACAACCAUGAUCGGGGCAACUGAGAGUGUCUGUUGCAUUCAUGUUCACUUUUCUAUUCAAACAUUUAUUUGUUUGUUGAAGUGCAUUCUUCUUCCUGUUUCCCCACCACCAUGUUUUGGCAUAAUUUAUCUGUUUAUAUUUUCCAUUCGAUCAUAUUUUCUGACCUAUAAAAUUAAAUGGGCUGUUUUUAGUUUGUUUUUGUUUUGCUGCUGUGCCUUUAAGACAUGCAAACACACUUUAGCAUGUCAAACGAGCUACAACAAUUUGCUGCAAGCUUGUGGGUUUGCUGUCUAAUAUACUGUAGCUUUUAACUGCCCCAUCCUUUAGUGACAGCUUCUUCGUAAAAUCUAUAACAUAAACAAUUAGAGCACAAUUGGACUGAAAUUAUUGGGGACAUUGUUAAAAAAAAAAAACAGCCGAAUAACUGCCAUUGAGAUAAACAACCUCCUUGAGCCAUCCUACUUCAUCCAUCAUUCCUCACUGUGACUGGGGAGACAACUUUCUCAAUGCUGAAUGAGCAUCGUUGUCAUUUCAAAGUGAGUUGUAAUAUGUUGAUGAAAGUGUCAUAAUGGUUUUUUUUUUUCAGUGCUUUUUCAGUAAAACCACUUUUAAAGGUAAAUUUGAUUCUUUAUGAUACAGCCCCUUUAAGUCUCUGUUCAUCGUCAUUCGUUUCCCCAUUUUAUUUACAGUUCCCUACUUGUCCAAACUUACUGUAAGCCACCUAUGAGCUUCUCAGCUCAGUUUUGACAGUCACUCAUUCGAUCUGUAGUAUGGUAGCGUUCAUAGAUCUCCUGUGCUGCUGCCUUCAUGUUUCACUGCUGUGGCGAUACCCACCUUGGCGCUGAUCCAUCAGGAUUUUGGACUUCUGUAAAUUGUGCAUGACUUGCACUAAUAAUGCAUGAGUGUCUAUUUGUCUACACGUGGACUUCAGUCUUUAGUGAGUGAAUGUCUGUAGUUGUCCUGUUACAAUGAUGCUGUUGGGAGUUGGGAAGGUGAUUAUGAAGAAAUGUGUUUUUUAAGUCAUCCUGAACCUUUUCAAAACUCUUUUGCUUUGUGUCAUGCGAUAUAUUUUUGAGAACAGUUUACAGUGGGACCUAAUUUUAUCCUUUGAGAACUGUAUGGAUAAUGAAAAAGAUUAGCUUUUUUAGAUUAGAGUUGGUUUAGGUUUCCAGCAUUUAUUUAUUUAUUUAUUUUUGCAAGCAGUGAUAAAUAGCACACAGUAACAUUAGGAACAUGUUUUAAGAAAGUAUAUUUUGAUUUCGAGUUCAUGUUGAUUGUUUGUUGGGCUGGAAAGUGACAGGCUGUUCAGGAAAGAUUUUAUAAGUAAAUCUGCCAAACCUCUCUCACCCACAGCCAUAUGGUUUGACAAAACGGACUUCAAAUCUGAAAUAUUUCUUGGUUUGGUUUGACUGACUGAUUUGAACGCUAAUGAUGGAGUAUGUGGGGCCCUUCAACAUGUACAAUAUUUAGUCUGAAAGGGCCCCGGGCUGAUCCAUACAAAUCAGUAAAACAUGACAUAAAAAUGUGAGUUACAUUAAAAAGACAUAUUUUACCAUUUGUUUAUAUGGACAAGCCUGCUAUUUUAAGACAGCUCAUAUAUAAUGCAUAUAAAGUGUCAGACAGACAUCAUUCCUUGAGUUUUCCACAAUACUUACUUUUCAUUUACAUCAACAAAUAUUGGACGUGUAUGACUGAAUAGGUAAGAUGGAAAAUCCUACAUGUCUCCUAUAGGAGAAACAUUACAUGUGUUUUAAAAAGUACUUUAAUAUGGCAAAAUGUAAAUACUAGUUUUGUAUGAUAGAUUAUAUUGUUUUGGUCCAAUAGUAUAGGAAAAAACACAGUAUGAUUUUUUUAAAAGUUAAAUGCUCAUGUCUUCCUAAUGUAGAAUCAUAACUUUCCAUGAACUGUUUAUUAUUUCUGUUAGGAAUAUUAUAAAAUCUCUGGCUCACUGCGGCGCCAGAGACAAAUGUGUUUUAUUAUCUGUACUAAUAUACCUUGAAAUGGAGAAUAUAUAGAAAAGCAGCAAAUAUUUGGUUUGCUGUUUAUUACUGUUAUGUUGUAUUCAAAUAAUGUAUCGAAAAAAAAAAGAGUUUUAUACCAUUUAUAUAAAAAUAUAUAUUUAUCCCUAAAAUGUCUGGAUGUCAGCAGGUUUCUGAAAAGAGCUAUUGUCUUCUGCCUUUAUCCAGAAUGCCAACAAAAAAAAUAAAAAGUUUUGUUGUUCCUCUGGAAA